CAAAUCAACUAUAAAUACAAAACAAUGAAAAACGAUACUUUCACAGAACAUAAGUGAUCACUGCAAUGGGGAUUCAGACUGCUUUUGUAUUGGUUUUGGCUGUAUACCUAGUACAGUCGUCCCCAGUUAACGAUGAGUUUGAAGCCAACCUUGAGAAAGAGAGGGCUCUGUACCCAAGGUACGUGGAGUUCCCCGGCCCUGAGGGGGAGCCAGUAGCAGCUGACCUGCAUGAGCCGGUAGACCACUCCGUGCUUGAUGAUACCGCUAGGAACCCGAGGAGAAACGCCUACUGGUUGUAUACUAGGAGCAACUCUCGCUACCAAACUUUGACGUUUGGUGAUGAGAGGUCGGUACGGAACUCAAACUUCGACGCUAACAAGGAAACCAUCAUCAUCGCCCAUGGCUGGAUCAACAGUGGUAACUCGGAACCCAACCCUACCGUCAGAAAGGCAUUCCUAGACCAAAAGGACGUGAACGUGAUCACGGUGGACUGGCGCCGGCUGGCCCGGUCCGGCUACGUGACCGCCGCGUCCGGGGUCCCGGCUGUGGGCGAGGCCGUCGGGCACUUCGUCAACUGGCUCCACACGGCUUUCGGGCUUCGCUACGAGAAUGUGCAUCUGAUCGGGUUCUCGCUCGGAGCGCAUCUCGUGGGCAACGCUGGUCGCGCCACGGGGGGACGGGUUGCUAGAGUUACAGGUCUUGACCCUGCCGGCCCUCUAUGGAACUACAACCGGAAGCGCCUGUCUGCAACUGACGGAGUCUACGUGGAGGCCAUCCACACGGACGGAGGCUACACCAUGGGCGGCCUCGGCAUUGGCUCAGCCAUAGCUCAAGUGGACUUCUUCCCCAACGGGGGAAUCUCCCAGCCAGGCUGCAUGACGAAUGUCUGCAACCACAACCACGCGUGGGCGCUGUUCGCUGCGACCGUCACUCACAAUCAUCUGCAAGGGAACCGGUGCUCUAAUGGCCUGCAGAUAACGUUGAACAACUGCCGCGGGGAACUGCUGAGCAUGGGCAAUUCUGACUUGAGGAAGACUGGGAACCGAGGAUCUUACAGGCUCGACACGAAACGGAGGUAUCCCUACUGAAAGAAACAGACCUUAGCCAAGCCAAUGGAUUGUUCUAAAUAAUGAAGAAAGGCUGAUUUAUUGAUAAAUAUACAAAGACUGUUUAUUAUAGAA